AUGCCCACGACAGAUCGAUCUGACAGCAGUGACAGUCCCAUGACAUCACCACCCAACACAAGAAAUGACGCAGCAUUGGUAGAGAAUAUUGAAACGAUACAUGACAAUGAGUCUUGGAACGACUUGUCUUCCCCAGAACCAGAACUGGCCAUGAUGUUGACAGAGUUGAACAAUCGAUUACGAACGCAGACUCACGAUACAGCCAUUCACGAAGAAUUCAGGGACCCGGUAAGUAAUAGCAAUCCCGAUGUCGUGCAACAAGGGUCGCCCUUUGUAGAGGAAGUACCAGAAUGGCAGAAAACAGCAAAAAGAACGUUAGUCUUCAUCGGAUAUACAAUUACCACAGUUCUAUUCUCAGUUAUAAUAUAUUUACAUUCCCUUUUGGUUAGAUGCAGCUAUGAUGAGGAGACAUCAACAACAUUAUUGGAUGGCGUGUUUAGAGCACAGGAGAAUGCGAUUGACGAUUAUCAUAGAAGACAACGUAUACAGGUUGAAGUAGAUGACAAUUGA